AGUCCAGCAAAGGGACUGCGUCUGUCCAAUAGAAAAUACUUUGGACCAAUAGUACGCAAGAUGCGACAGGUGGUGAGUAUAUAAACAUCCCGCGGAUUCGAGGGUGAGGCACUGGAGAAGAUCCCGCGGGUUGAAUUUGCAAGUGAUAAUAAAAGUGAGAAAAAAUUGGAAAAAAAAAAUUUUUUUUUCUUUCAAGAGCAAGUGGACAGAAAAUUUUAAAUUGUAAAUUUAAAUAAUUAUUAUUUUUUUUGGAGGAUGCAAUUUUUUGGGAUUUUUGUUAUUUUUAUGAUCACGGGGAUCGUUGACGGGAUUAUUUUUGACAGUGUUAAAGAUUACUUUAAUUAUAAUCAUAAUUUUAGUAAUAAUAAUAAUAAUUGUAAUGAUAGUAGUAAGGUGGAGGAAGAAUUUGGAAAGAAUAACAAAUUAACUGGGGUUGUGAUAAAGCCGACGAAAAAUUUUUUGGUGUCAAAAAAUAAGUUAAAAUCUCAAAUAUGGAAAAAACUAUGGAGUGUAAAUCAAUUAAAAAAAAAUUCAAUUCCGGAUAAGAAAAUUUCUAAAAAAUCUUUAUUGUCUGUGGGAUUUCAUGGAGGACCUAGUUAUCAUAUGGAGUUACAUCCCUCUGUAAUUCCUAUAUCUAAAUGUGUGCACUAUGUUAAAAUGCAACCUGCUAACAAGGAACGAAGAAAUAAAGUAUUCAACGCCUGGGGUGGAAAGCGGAAUUCGAUUCCAUUGAAACUAGAUCCAAAAAUACGCCGGCCUUCACGGAUGCCAUUCAACAGUUGGGGUGGAAAACGUCAAGUUGAUUAUUAUCAAGAUAACGCCGAAGAUUUAAAUAAAAAAAGCAUCAAUGUUGCGGAUUCUGGAGUUAAAAAACCGUUUAACAGUUGGGGCGGAAAAAGAAGUUUCGGUCAUUAUUAUCAUUUGUAUUCUUCUGAUAAACCUGUCUAACUUCCCCUGCAUUUGUUUUUAUAGAUAAC